UAGGCCGGAUUCAUAGUAGUAUAUAAAACGCAAUGAUGAAGUAUUUUAUAUUAGAAUUUUAUCAAUAUUACUACCUAAAAAAGCUCACGUCUAAAGAUGAAAUUCGUUUUCGGAAUUGUGACUUUAAUCUUCACAAUCGGUCAUCUUAAUGCCUACGUAGUGCCAAAUCUUGGCUCAGGUGCACUGGCCGAAGAAUUCCAAUAUUUCUUAAAUAUCAUACCUAUUGACAAUGUGAUAGAACUUACAAAAGCGUACCUAGUCAGAGACAAAGAAUUUCAAUGGAUCAUGUCCUUUAUAUAUUAUGAUGAUAUAAAGGAUUACAUCGAAGAUUUGGAAAAUAUGACGGAAUUCAAGAAUCUCAUGAAUUAUUUGGAAAAUAAUGGUCUCGAUGCUUAUGCUAUUUUGAAAGAAUUGAAAGAAUCCUUAAAAGAAGAACAAGUGAUAGUUUCGUCUGAUUCUCAGAUCAAGAUCACUGGAAGUAUUAAAGGUUUCAUUAAAGAUCUUUCGACAAUUUUGCCAGUAUUCGAUUGGAUGAACAUGUAUGAAUACAAAAUUGAGACCUCUGAAGUAUUUAGAAAUUUCGUAGAGGAACUUUUUGAUUCUCAAUAUGAGGUUUUAUUCACAAGCACAUUUACAAAUAUCCAUUUCCAGAAGAUGUUAGAACAACUUAAAUAUCUUAACGUUGACAGCGAAACAUUCCACAUAAACUUUGUCACCUUCCUCAUUAUUAAAGGAAUGAUUCAUCAUUAUUUUUAAAUAAUAGAAAUAAAAAUAUAUAAAUCUAUUUAUAUAAU